ACAGACAGUUUGGUUCACUUCGGGGUUUUCGUGCUGGGCUUCUCUUGGACUUUCUGGAGCUUCACGGCAGGUCACACAGAGGAUGAAGGGCGUCAUCUGAUUGGACCACGACAGCCAAUCGAGGCCUCUGAGGGCGAUGACGUAAUCCUCCCGUGUUCUGUGUCGCACGACUACAACGUUGAGGGUCUGACGGUGGAGUGGUCCCUUCCCGACCUGAAGCCCGACCCCUCGGACCGCCUCAGCCGGGUCGACUACGUCUUUGUGUACCGGAGGAGGAAAGAGGAAGUGGACAUGAAGCUGCAGAAGUUCGUCGGGAGGACGGAGCUGUUCGAGGACGAGCUGAAGGUCGGAAACAUCUCGUUAAAGAUCAGCAACGUGACGCUCGCUGACACCGGAAAAUACCGAUGUUUCAUCCCAAAGUUAGAGGGCGGCGUGAAGGAGGCGGUCGUACGACUCGUUGUUGAACCCAGAGCCAACAGCACGUUGACGACAGAAACACAAACAAAUUCGCAAACUCCAGAUCCAAACCAAGAGACGGAUGUUAAAGUUGGUCAGCCUGAACUACGGAUCCUGGUUCUCUCCGUCUGCAUCGUACUUGUUAUGGCAGUUGUUGGGUUAGGAGUUACAUAUUUCCUUUUAAAACGAUGUGUACGUGAGAAGGAAACCAAACGUUGUAUCAUUUGAUGAAACCAAUUCCUGCUGCUCAAAGUGGAUUUGAAGAAGGAAUCUAGAAGACACUCUAAAGCAGAACAGACGACCAGUCACUACAUUAGAGGACAUCGACUUCAUGGCAGCGCUGCUCUAAGUGCGUUUAACUUUAUUCCACUGACAGACAAAAGGAAUGAUAUUUGUAAUGGGUUUGUUUUUUUGCCCUCAAACCUUUAUUUAUUGUCCCUCGUCCUCUUCUUGCCUGAAGGAGUGUACUUUACAAUUAUACAUGUUUGUUUUUUUACUAUAUUGUCCCACAGAACAGCGAUGCCUGUUGCACUGAAUGAUUGUGGGUUCAAACGUCCUCGUCUAACAAGUUGUUGCACUUAAACUAAAUUGAAUCAGGUUGCACCUCACCAAGUACUUCUAAAGUAGGGUUUAGCAUUCAACGCUAGCUUCUGUUAAACAUAGCUUGCUAAAAUCUCACCUGUGGACGUAUGCAAUACUAUAUCUGCCUGUUUGAUUGGUGUUUAUUAAC